AUCGAGCAAUAGAGUUGGUAUGGCACGAGCUUGGGAAGCAAGGUGGACAUGACAUGAUGACAUCAACACUCUUCCUCCGUUGCACCAAGUUGUAACCGCAGACUCCAUCUCUUCACUACUCUCUCUCAUUUUCUUCCCCUCAAAACUUUACUAUUUCCCAUGUUCCUCUUUCAGGAUCUCUCGCCUCUACUCCACAUCUUCUCAGAAUCGAUUCUGCAAACCCUACACGAAUCCGUUACGAGUUCUAGUUGCAAAAGCACGGAGUUGGAGCUAUGCCGAGACGAAUCAGCGGCGUUGGUUUUGAAAUUCGUGGCGAUGGCGUCGAUUCUAAUCGCGGGAUUUGGGGGAAUCGCGAUUCCUUUAGCGGGGAAAGCGCGUGGGUUACUAGGAACAGAGGGAAACGCGUUUUUAGGAGCGAAAGCAUUUGCAGCGGGGGUGAUAUUAGCGACGGGGUUCGUGCACAUGCUGAAGGACGCGUCGGAAGCGCUGAAGGACCCGUGUUUGGGGUCUUACACGUGGUCUAAGUUUCCGUUUCCCGGUUUCUUCGCAAUGAUGUCAGCUUUGUUUACACUCCUUGUUGACUUUGUUGCGACUCGGUACUACGAGCGGAAACAGGGGCGUGGGAACGUUGAACACCGUGGGAAGGUUGUUGAUGUGGUUGAUGGUGAGGAUGAUGAGUCGGGAAUAGUGGAAGUUAUGGAUGUUGGAAUGGUGUUUGGGGAAGAGGGUAGCGGUGGACUGCACGUGGUUGGGAUGCAACAUGCUCACGCGCCUCGUCGUAUACACUCCCCCACGCAUGGGCAUGCCCAUGUUGGGAACUCCCCACACUACCAUGAUGAUGUUGAAAGUACUGUCCGCCACGUCGUCGUUUCACAGGUAUUGGAGCUUGGGAUUGUGUCACAUUCCAUUGUAAUUGGGCUAUCCCUUGGAGUUUCGCAAAGCCCUUGUACCAUGAGACCCCUAAUUGUGGCAUUGUCUUUCCAUCAAUUCUUUGAAGGGUUUGCACUUGGUGGUUGCAUCUCCCAAGCCCAAUUCAGAACCUUGUCAUCAACAAUAAUGGCAUGUUUUUUUGCACUAACAGCGCCACUGGGUGUUGCUAUAGGGGCUUGUAUUGCUUCAGUUUUUAACCCUUUUAGUCCAGGAGCACUCAUCACAGAAGGCAUCUUGGACUCCUUGUCAGCUGGAAUCUUAGUGUAUAUGGCUUUAGUGGACUUAAUAGCUGCUGAUUUUCAUAGCAAGAAAAUGCGUUGUAACUUUAGGCUACAGAUAAUAUGUUACUGUUUACUUUUUCUUGGGGCUGGAUUGAUGUCUUUACUUGCAAUUUGGGCAUGAUCCUCUCCAAUGUAGUUGUAAUUUAUUUUUCAAUAUCUAUAGCUUGAUUUUUUUAGUGUUGUCGUAUUUCUUUCUAUUAGAAAAUAUAAGAUAGAUUGCUAGAAAGGUUUAGUUAAAAUGCUCUCAUUGAACAAUUUUAAGUAUACAGUUGCACUAUUAAUAUGGUAUUAGGCUCACUGACCUCAAUAGUUAAUUUUUAAAAUAUUGUU